CAUCUGAUACAAGUUGUCUCACAAAACUGCUUAAGUACAAUAUAGGAAAGUUGUUUUGACAACUGGUGAAUUUAUUUUCACAACCAGGGCAGCAGUAUUCAGGUUUCUUGUAAGUCAUGUGACCAUGAGUGCAGCAUUCCAGUGAAUGGCGGGCAAGUGAAAGAGAAAGUAUUGCAAGGGCCAUGCAGGGGAGAGAAACCUGUUUGUGUGACUCGAUGCAUCAGACGAUGUGGAUGUGGACUGAUGAAGGAUCGAAAUGUCUGACUUACAAAUAGAUAAACACUUUGCCAGUGGCAGUUCCGGACGAUCAGCUCGUGUAAAGUAUCACGGUUUGCUCAACCAAGGAGCGACGUGUUAUUUGAACAGCGUGCUGCAGGUGUUGUUCAUGACCAGACCCUUCAGAGAAGCUGUGGAAAGGUAUGCGAGUAGAAACUCUGAAAACGAACAUAUUGACCAUGGACUGAAAGCCUUGUUUGAUGACUUAAAGCAACGAUGUGCCAAUACCUCUAAAAUCAAACGCAAGCUGGGCAUCGACAAAGCGUAUGAAGAGCAGGAUGCUGCUGAGUACUUUGAGAAGAUUUUAAGUCUGACCAGUCGUGACGCCUCACAGAUCUUCCACGGAGAAUUGACUCACAAGACCCGGUGUUCCAAAUGUGCCAAAAAGACAAACACAAAUGGACAUUUUUGGCAUCUUCCUCUUGAAUUAGUUGAUUCCAACAGGAAAAACUGCAGUGUGGUGGAUUCUAUUGAUCAAUACUUCCAAACCUCACAUUUCAACGGCGAAAACCAAAUGUACUGUGACAAGUGUGAUUCCAAAUCUGAUGCGACAAUUAAUUGUCAAAUGAAGCAUCAUCCAGAGGUUUUGACAUUGCUGCUGAAGAGGUUUGACUAUGACUACAGUUGCAGGAGUCAUGUUAAAUAUGACUGUGCUGUGGAUGUUCCCUUCGCCCUCCAGAUUCCAAAGAAUCAGAUGUAUGAGUUGUUUGCAGUUGUGGAGCACUUUGGUGAUCUUAGAAGUGGACAUUACACAGCAACGGUCAAAUCCCAGGAUGAUGAGAGAUGGUACAACUUCGAUGAUAACAGUGUCAAAUUGCUUGACUACCAGCCAUUCCAGACUGAUAAAACUGAGAAGUACCACAAUGCGUAUCUUCUUUUUUACAGGAAAAAGACUACAGAUAUGCAAGACACCAGACAAAUGUUCACCAAUAAAGGUCACCCAUCUGAUACUGGACGCAAUGCCAACAUCAAACCAAAGUAUGAUGAGAAAGGAAUGGAAGAGAAGACAGUAUUGUUCCUUGUAGAACCUGGACAUGAAGUAGUUAAAAGAAAAGGAGAUAAGACAAGACAUGCCAGUCUAGAAAGGAAGAAAAGGAGUGAAGGUGAUGAGCCAAGUAGGAAGAGAACGUUCUCCGCAAGAUAUUCUGUCAGGGAUGAAAAGCAUCAAAACAAACCAGGAUUAGACCGUGAGGAAGCAGGUCAAUGGAAAAACAGACAAGGUUCUGAGAUUCAAACUGUUCAUGAGGACAUAAAGAGAGGUGAUGUUAAACAUGGCACAGGCGCAAAGACUUCUGCUAUUAAAUCAAGGCAUUCAAAAAAAUAUGACAGCUAUCAUGACGGUCAUAUAGAAGAAAGGUCAGGUCACAGACAACAAAACAUGUCCACAAAUUACCCACAGGGUAAACAGGGAGGCAGCAAAAUGUUGCCCAAAAACAAGAUAGAGGAGCGGAGGGAGGUUAAGGGAGAGAAGGAACAAAAGAGAGAAGAUGAGGAAACUGCACAAAGUAAAAAAAGAAAAAUUAUCAAUCCUAAGCAAGAAGAUGAAAAGGACGCCUUUGAAAUACAGUUUGCUGAACUGAACGUGAAUGAUCCAGGAAUGGUUCCUUGUACAAAAAAAGCACGUAAAGUGAUAAUUGGAAAGAAGAGCUCAUGGUGGUGGAAAAGAUUUGAUGGGUGUUUCAGUUUUUUGCGUAGAAAAAGGAAAAAAAUGCAGCAGAAAAAUGCAGACAAAGACAGCCGAAGAUGAAGUUCUCGCUUCAUCCUAUGUGAUAAUGGACUGCAAAUGUGUAAACUAUGUAAACCAUAUAAAUAAUUGCAUGUUUCCUUAUUUUACACUUAAAUAAAUUAAGUAAAUUACACAGACGCUUUAAAUUUUUUUGCUAUCUGAUCCAAACCCGUGAUGCUUUGUUAUUUACCUUUGUCACCCUUCAUAAUAAUAAAUAAUGAUUAAAGU